AUGGCCUCCAAGCUCAAGGAGCGGAGGAGGACGCCGGUUUCCCACAAAGUGAUUGAGAAGCGGAGGAGGGACCGCAUCAACCGCUGCCUCACCGAGCUAGGGAAGACGGUGCCCAUGGCUCUGGCCAAGCAGAGCUCGGGGAAGCUGGAGAAAGCGGAGAUCCUGGAGAUGACGGUGCAGUACCUGCGGGCCCUGCACUCGGCGGACUUUCCCCGCGGCCGGGAGAAGGCAGAGCUGCUCUCCGAGUUCGCCAAUUACUUCCACUACGGCUACCACGAGUGCAUGAAGAACCUGGUCCACUACCUGACAACGGUGGAGAGGAUGGAGACCAAAGACACCAAGUACGCCCGCAUCCUGGCCUUUCUCCAGUCCAAAGCACGCUUCGUUACUGAGCCUCUCUUCACGUCCCUGGGCUCCCUCCCGGAGCCGGACUUUUCCUACCCGCUGCAUCCUGGGCCCGAUUGCCCAGGGCACGUCCACAGUCCCGCCGAGGGCGUGCUCCAGCCGCCCUCGGGGGGGCCAUUCCCCUGGCACGGCGCCGCCCGCAACCCCGCCCUGCCCUACCACUUGCCCAGCGCCGCCGUACCCCUCGCCAGCCCCGGCCAGCAGCGCAGCACUUUCCUCUCAUCCGUGCAGGGGCUGGACCGCCACUACCUCAACCUCCUCGGCCAUUCCCACCCCAACGCGUUCGGGCUGCCCCCGGGCCAGCACCCCUCCAUGCUAUAGAGACUCGUCCCGCCUGAAAGAACACCUAUUUAUGACCGCGGACACUGCGGGUUACACCCGGGCGCACGGGGAGGCUGCCGGGGGCAGGGAGAUGCG